AACUGUAACUUUAGCUGCUGAGCGCGAGAACAGUCCGGCAUCAGGAGAGCAUCACAAACACACGCGCCUACAUUUAUUUACACACAACCAGAUUUCGGCAUGAUGCUUCAGCACCCUGGUUUGGGUCCGUCAGAGAUCAGUGCGUCAGCUUUGGUUCCCUGUCUCUCUCCGCCCGGUUCCCUCACGCUGGACGACUUCACAAACUUCACUCCAUUAGUGAAAGAGGAGCUGCGCUACGCCAUCCAGAACAAACGCAUGUCCAACGGCAUGAGCACCCUGACCACUGACAGAGCCUGCAUGAACACUGAGAGACCCACCGAACUACCUGGGAUGAAGCGAGAGGCUGUCCCAGAGGAGAACGACCGAAGGAAAAGAAGAAGGGAAAGAAACAAAAUUGCAGCAGCAAAAUGUCGGAACAAGAAAAAGGAGAAAACCGAUAAUUUACAAAAGGAGUCUGAGAAGCUUGAGUCCAUCAAUGCAGAGCUGAAAGCUCAGAUCGAGGAGCUGAAGAACCAAAAGCAGCAGCUUGUUUACAUGCUCAACCUGCACAGGCCCACCUGCAUCGUCCGCGCUCAGAACGGCCAGACCCCCGAAGACGAGAAGAAGCUUUUCAUCCAACAAAUCAAAGAAUCCACACUCCAGGGGCUGGGUUUUGCCACCAAUGGACCAACACACACCGCCAUACCAACCAGCUGUGGGCAUCUGUGAAUCACAAACUCUCCAAGCAAACAAGCUAACGGCUCGCCAAGGAACACUGGAAGGUUUGCCCAAGUAAAAAAAAAAAAGGACUAAACACGGGUGCCUGCCAUGCUGCCAAUCAAGGUCGGUCUGAUGUACACUGAAAGAGACUAAAAGCACUAAAAGUGUUGAAGGACAUUCAAUGCGUUUUCACUUAGUUAUUUAAAUGUGUUCGUCAUUGUACUGUUUAACAUGAUAUGCUUGUUUUUCGUAUGCACCACCAAAGCUUGAUGUCAUGUUGCUGCUGCUAGAACAGCAUGAUUUCAUUUAUUUAUCAGCUUGUUUGUUGAAUGAAACCCUGGCGGUGUGUGUUUGAUGGCAAGUGCUGUUCUAGUGAGGGGAAUAUAUGUGUGUUUUUGUUUUUGAUUUCUUGGCAAGAUAUACAGGGUGAUGAAUGAAGUUCAGUUACAUAUUUAUCUAUGGCCUUUACCUUGUUAAAGGGAUAUUUCAGCUCAAAAUGAACAUUUUCUUACUUGUUGCUUCUGUUGAACACAAAAGAAGAUAUUUUGAAGAAUGUAUAUGGCCAUUUUUCCUAUUAGUUCAAUGGCUACUGAAUUCCAACUGUCUUCAAAAUGCCUUCUUAGGAGUUCAACAGAAAAAAAAAAAACUGCUGAUCAAUCUGAGGGUGAGUAAAUGUACAUUGUUGGGUGAACUAUCCCUUUAUAGUUAUUAUGUGUUCACAUAACAUGCCACAAGAAGUAUUUCAAGCUGCUACUAAUCUCUCAGGACUCGGUCUAUAUAUUAUACAGGAAACAAAAACUGAAUAAACAGAUAAAAUUACAGGGAAGUGGACGUGGAGAUGACAAGGUGUCCUGCACGGUACUUACAAGGAAGUUCUUCGCCACUGCUACCACCUCAAUGUUGUUACGAUGCUGUGAGCAGGAAGGUCUGAAUUUGUCAGUCCACUGUGAACACAAACACACACACACACACUCAAAAAAAGUGUUUUUUGUUUAUUUCUGAUGUCACAUUUUUCAUGUAUUGUAGUUGUGUUGUUAUUGUGUAGAUGCUAUACUCUCAGCUAACAAGUUUAUGUUAAAGCUGUGCACAAACACUCGUCGAAUCACAUUAAUUGAAUGUUCAAUUUAAUAUGUGCUCAAAUUCUUAUAUGCGAAAAAUCUUUUCUUAAAGAUUACUACCUGAUGCUUGUUUCAGAAUUAACGUUCUUAUAUGGUUUGCACUUUGAACAUUCCAUUAAUGUUUUCUUUAACGUUUGACUAACUUCUUUAAGAAAAUAGAGAACCUGAAAAACAUUCUUAGGACAUAUUUUGUUAGCUGGGAUUAUUCUAUAGAGAGAGAGAAACAAAAAACUUGAAGUAAAGCUCUUAUUAUUUGUCUGGCUUUGUUCCUAGAUCAUGUGUCAAGCACUUUUAGUGUCACACCACGUUGUUAGUGAAGAAACACACACCACAAGACAUCUGAUCAGCCCUGUGACUGCAUUGCCUAAUAUUACAGAAAGGUGUACAGAAAGGGAAAAUCAAUCACUCCAUUUCUACUAAACUAAGGAAAACACCAAAUCUUCUCAUAAUAUUUUCCCUUAUGUUUUUGGGUAUGGUCUCUGUUUAUGUUCUGUCAUGUACUGAAAUUUUAAGUGACGCAGGCGUCAUCUAGUUUGUUUGUUUCCCUUCUUUUUUGUUUGUAUUUGUGCAAAACAGGUAUGCCACUUAAUGUGGUACUACUGACAUUAAAUGUAUAGUUAAAAACAAAGCUAUGCUUCCAAUUUGUGGUUAAACCAGAUUUCACCCAUCAUGUCAAUGCUGUUGAUGUCAAUAAGUGCAAUUGCUUCCAAAAGUCAUGAUUGAGAAGAUGAUAGCCUGUCAAAUUCAAUUAACUAUUUAUACGAAAUAUGUAUGGCUUCAUUUUGACUGUCUGUUGUUUGUUUUUGAUACUUUAUUAAUAAAAAAGCUAUACCACUUGA